UGGCUUGGAAAGUGGAAGGAAGCAUGAGAUCGACGCUAGGUGACAGGAAAGGGUUUCUUUGAAGCCGAGAGGAAAAGCGGAAGGUUUAGGAGAACCUGGAUUGCUGCUGCUGUCCACUGGGGUGCACCUGGGCAGGAGCUGCAAACGGAGGCCCUUUGGGGGCUGGAGCAUGGGACAGACGUUCCCUCUAGAGACUGCACCUCAAAACUCCUGCGCACACUUGGAUGAUGAAGGUGAUCACCAGCACAGCAGCACAGGGAGCGAAGGGGGAACGGCAGGGGACGGCACCCCUCCUCCCAAGCGCAAGGGCAAGUUCUCUACCCUGGGUAAGAUCUUCAAACCCUGGAAGUGGAGGAAGAAGAAAAGCAGCGAGAAGUUUAAGGAAACUUCAGAAGUUCUGGAAAGAAAGAUGUCGAUGAGGAGGCCAAGACAGGAACUGAUCGAGCAGGGAGUGCUUAAGGAGCUUUCUGACAAUGAACUAGGUGAGGCCCAUGGCCACAAGACACCUUAUGUGAAGAAUGGUCACACUCUGCCUGUAGGAAUUGGUGGAGGUCUGGGGCUAGAGCAGAUACACUCGCCCUCUGAAUCUGAAUUUAGAGUCAACCCUGUCUGGCUUCCGCAGCCCGAUGACCGCAGAGGUCGUGCCCCUUCUGAUGGGGAUCAUCAUGGAGCACUGGGCCCUCGGGCCUCCAAUCAGGAUGAAGGCAGGAGAAGUGGUUGGUCUGUUGGGACGGAGGACUGGAAAUCUAAUCUGGCCUGGCAGGGAGAUGAUAUCAGACAUGGUGGAAGGCUACAUGUUGAAAUGGACAAGAGGCCUGGGCUAAUGAAAGCCCCCUCUGAGGAUGGGCGCAGGACUCGUCCCGAGCCGGACUGGAAGCCAACGCUUCCUCGCCACUCGUCUGUCGAAGAGGGAAGGGGAAGACAAGAGUCUGACAGCAGUCAGUACGUUCCUAACUCGGAGAUUCUGAGGGACACACUGCGAGAACCUCUGCCUCCGAAGCAGUCCAUCAUGCCGCCCAAAUGGCUGAUGACAUCCACCCCGGAACCUGGUGCUGACAGCUUGCCCCGCACCCCUGUCCACAACCCCGCAGCUGCUUUCUCCUCUUCCUCUGCCUCCUCCAACUCCUCCUCCUCAUCAGCUGUCAGCGCAGCUGGAAAACCACUACGAAACGUAUCCUCAGCUGGCGCCAACACACAGGCCUCCAGCAGCGCUCCCCUUACCACCUCUUCAGCACCAUCCUCUAUGGGCAAUGUCCCAGCCCAGCCCACCAAACAACCCCCUCUCCCUCCACCCAAACCGAUCAACCGUAGCAACAACCCCGCAAUGUUGGCCUCCACCCUGCAUGGGGGUGACGGCAGCGAUUUCCCCCUCUACUGGUCCUGUUGGAAGCGUGAGGGUGACCAUGACGUCUACCUGUCCCUGCCUGUCUACCUCUGCCGGCGGGCAGGAGGCAUGCGCACAGCUGAACUCACACAAGGAGGUGUCAACCUAGUACCGGCCAAGCCCUCACCCCCUAUGCCCCCAAAAAGAACCACGCCUGUCACCAAACGCAAUGCAGAGGACUCCCCUCUGACCAUUUCCUCCCUACCCUCCAUCCUGUCAGAGGACAUGAGGGCCAACAUCCCCGGGGGUUACCAGCUGCCUCCUCCUCCCCCAUCACCACCUCUCCCCACACACAUUCCCCCUUCCCCACCACGGGCCCACACCCAUCAUCUCCUCCACCAACACUCCUAUCCCUACCCCCUACCCCAGCCACUUCCUGUCCACUUUGACCCUCCCAGCCCUCCGGAGGAACCGCCAGCCCGUCAAGCUCCUGUUCCCUUACACAUCAUGAUCCAGAGGGCGCUCAGUAGCCCAGGACCUGCUCUCCCACACCCAGAUGGCUCCCAGCGUGCCCACUCACUUCUGUUUGAGACACCACCGGAGUACCAGGGCAGCCGCCCACUGGCAGUCACCAUCCAGCCUCUCAAACUGGAUGAAGAUGACUACUCCGAUGAAGAGGAGGAGGAAGAGGACGAUGACGACGACGAUGAUGAACCACCACCUGAUCACCUCCCAUCCCCUCAUUCCCAGCCAGAACUUGAGCCUCGCAGCCGCAGGUGCCUGGUGGGGGACCUGAGCGUCAGCAUCAUCCCUGAAGGAAGCAAUAGCAGCGAGGAGGAGGAAGAUGAGGAAGAUCAACAGCCGGAGGAGAGCGACUCAGACGGGCCCGUGCUGUAUAAGGACGAUGAAUCGGAUGAAGAUGAAGAGGACGACAGCCCACCAAGUGCUCUGGCCAGCAGGGUGAAGAGGAAGGACACGUUGGCGCUGAAGUUGAGCAGUCGGCCCUCUGCCCCAGACAGGCAGGCUCCUGAGAGGCAGGCCAAAGUGGAGCACACGGGUCUGUCGUGGCAGAGCAAGGAGCAGUGGGAGGCCAUCCGCACACAGAUUGGUACUGCACUCACACGGCGAUUGAGCCAGAGACCUACUGCUGAGGAGUUGGAGCAAAGAAACAUUCUCCAGCCCAAAAAUGAAGCAGACAGACAAGCAGAGGUCAGGGAGAUCAAGCGCAGACUCACCAGAAAGUUGAGUCAACGACCGACUGUUGCCGAACUACAAGCUCGAAAAAUAUUACGUUUCCACGAGUACGUGGAGGUCACAUGCGCUCAGGACUACGACCGCCGUGCUGACAAGCCAUGGACCAAACUUACUCCCGCAGACAAGGCUGCUAUUCGUAAAGAGCUCAAUGAGUUUAAGAGCUCCGAGAUGGAAGUGCAUGAGGAAAGCAGAAUUUACACAAGGCUGCUGUAA